AUGGGAUUCGAGCCUGAGACAUACUACCUCGGACCGAACAAGCAUUGCCCCAACAACGACAUGCCCGUCCUGAUCUAUCGCGACUGUCUUCCGCUGCCACUUUCCGAAGCGAAAACGACCGAAUUCCUCGAGUCGCAUGCCUGGGAGAAGAAAGGCACGUGGGGCCAUAUCUCGUACAGGCAUUUCCAUCCCAACACCCACGAGUGCUACGGUAAAAAGCCCCUGUCCCCCCUGGGACAGUCCAACGCCUUCUUCACGCUGCUGCUAAAUUUUGAGUCUUGCACAGGAGUGUUCCAGGGCGAAUCGCGGAUCCUUGUCGGUUGUGGCAAGAACGACACGUCCGGAGGUGAGGAGAUCGAGGUGCACGCUGGAGAUGUCAUCGUCCUCCCUGCCGGAACGGGACACUGCUCUCUGCAAAGCAGUGCCGAUUACAGAUACAUCGGGGUUUAUCCAGAGGUAAAGCAGACUCCCCGUCUCAGGGACUGGUGGUUUCCCUUCGUUUUCACUCACAUGGUGCGUUUUCAGGGAGCCCCGAAAUGGCGUAGCGAGUUGGGCAAAGACGAGGUCGGUGAUUCAUUUAGACAGGAGAUCCAGGCCGUGGCAUUACCCGUGCAGGAUCCGGUCAAUGGGUCAGAGGGACCGCUGUUGAAGUUAUGGAGGAAGACGUGA